GAUGCGGCGGCUCGUGCCGGCCCGGCUGGCGCUGCUGCUGGAAGUGGGUGUGCGCGCGCUGCUGCUGGGGCUCUUCCUGAUCACUGAAGUUCUGCCUCCAUUCCAGCGAGUCAUCCAGCCUGAAGAAAUGUGGCUGUAUAAAAACCCCUACGUGGAGUCUGACCAUGUACCAACCAAGCCCAUGUUUGUCAUUUCCUUUUUAUCUCCUGUGGUUUUGAUUCUUCUGGCCAAAUUCUUCAUGAAGGCUGACCGAGAGGACACACGAGAAGCAUGCUUAGCUGUCAGCCUGGCUCUUGCCCUGAAUGGCAUCUUCACCAAUGCUGUGAAGCUGGCUGUGGGCAGGCCACGGCCCGAUUUCUUCUACCGCUGCUUUCCAGACGGACGGGAAAUGCUUCAGCCUUCGGCAACCCUUCAGCUGCUGUGCACGGGCGAUGUACAGGUCGUGACGGAAGGCCGCAAGAGCUUCCCCAGUGGACAUUCCUCGUUUGCCUUUGCUGGGCUGGCCUUUGGUUCCUUCUACAUAGCAGGAAAGCUCCACUGCUUCGCACCCGGCGGGCGGGGGCAGUCCUGGCGCCUCUGUGCCUUCUUAGCACCGCUCUUCAUUGCCAUGCUCAUCGCGCUGUCCCGCACCUGUGAUUACAAGCAUCACUGGCAAGAUGUGCUGGUUGGUUCAGGAAUGGGCUUUGUGUUUGCGUACCUCUGCUACAGACAGCAUUACCCGCCUCUGACCGACCCCGAGUGCCAUCAGCCGCUGCAACGCAAGUCAAGGUUCUCUGCCCCAGAGAGGCAAAAGUUGACAGUCUCUGGCUUCAGCUUAGACGUAUAAAAAACUGGAGGACCCCAGCCACAGAACCUGCAAGCCCCGGACUAGAGGAGAACAGAGGGCACAGGAGUCCAUGCUACCCUGGGUCUGGAAGGAAAACGGGCACCCUCAUUCAAAGCAGCAGCAGCCCGCUUGGGGCUCUGGGCAGCUCAUGACCCUUCUCCCUCACAAGUCUUUGGCUGAGAAAGGAGCACUGCCUUGUGCUGGUGUGACAUGCUGUGAGAGGCGUGUCCCCCCCGUGUCCCAGACAAAACAGGAUCUUGGAAUCCAAGCUGGUUCUUUAUAGCCAAUGUUAGAAAAAAAAGUCUCUCAGAAAAUCGCAACAAACCCGUCACGACGAGCUAGUCCAGCUGCUCUGCUUCCAGUGCAAGGCUGCUGAACCUGCAGUUCUCCUCCCCACAGAUCAAUAUAAAGCCGUUCUGGCUGCUGAGCUGCAAGCAGGCAUCCUACAGAAGAGGGCAUCUGAAGAGCUGUGGCUCCAGGCGACUUGAGCACACCAAGCUGCAUACUAAGAAAGGUUGCCCUGCAUUGUAACAACUCGAUAGUCGGCACAUGCCAGAAGGAUUUCAAGGAGAGCUGUGUUUUCUGCAAACAUAACUACCUCCUGUCUCCUCCUCACCUGCACACACACAUCGGCAGCUGCUGUUUGCUUUCAAAGGUCUCCAUGCAAGAGGUCAGCAGCAUCUGAAAGUUUAUUGAGGCAGACGUCCGAGCGACACUUGCUUGAUUGGAUGUGCGAGUGCCACCUUCACAGCAUGAAGUUUCGCUCUUUCCAAUAGACAGGUAAAUAUCAGUCUGCGAUCCUGAGCAGCUCUGCUCCCAAGAUCGGUUCCACAGCAGUGAAUGGAACGUCCUCUAAUAAAUGAGCUUAGGGAUUGCAGACAGAGUAGACUGAGAAAUUUAAACAGGAGAGCAGGGGAAUGUCAUAAUCCCCGACUGCUGGUCUUGGUGGCUGGGGCUGAUGGGAGUUGUAAACCAAAACCUUUGGAAGCAGUAGGCGGCUUCCUGCUGCUGUAGGAUAGUGCUUCGUACUUCUGAUGAAGACAGCUCUUCAUCAGCUUCUUCCAUUUGCCACCUUAUUGCCACAAGACUCUGCAAUGGACUCAGCACCAGAUCCUUUGCCAUUCCCAAGCCUGUGGUCCUUUUGGCUGCCUUCAAAAGCAGGUUCUGUGCUGCAUGGAAAAGGUCCUCCUUUAGAUAGAACUAGCACUGUGAAUAAGAGCAGCACAUAUGUUUGGUGGCCCGGAAUGGUAGGUUCCAAUUUGAAGCCUGAAGUUGAGUCCUUGGAGCAAUGAAGGAAAGCUUAGUAGAACAUGAGCAUCAUCUUGCACUGUCAGAAGACCAAACACUUGGACAGUGGGCCAUGGCUAUGUGUAUGUCUUUAAUUUUCCUUAUUUCCCACCUCUCUCUCUCUCCUUUUUUUUUUUUUUUUUUUUUUGAUCCCUGUCUUGGAAAAUCUAAACUCUGCAAACUCUAGUCUUAGCAGCAUAUUCUAUAAAGAAUCAGGGUAGUUUCUGUUGAAUGUCAAAGCUGCAUCUUUUUGGUACAGAGCCAAUCCUACUGUUAACAUGCUGAAGAAAAAUUAUGGCUGGAGAAUCAAGUCCAGUCUUGUGACAUAUUGCAGUGUACAGCAACAAAGCCAUGUUGUAUCUCAGUUAAUUUUUCUUCAUCUAUGUCAUCCUCAGGAGAUUGCAAAGAAUGUGGGUCUCAGGAUUCAUACAGCCAUCUUGGCAAGUCAGUGCUGAGAUGUCUGGCCCUUCCCACACAGACACAAAGUUCAGUAGCCUUCUCAGCAUCCCUUUGUCACUUGUAGUAUAAAAAUAGGGAGGAAGGCACAUUUCUGUCCACCUUCUUAAUCUGUCCUUGUUUGUUUUGUUAAAAUGUGUUCUAUGCCUCAUUUAAAACUUGCAUCCCAGCCCACUUCCAUUCACUGUCAUCACUAAAAAUGGUCACACCAAGCUGCAUGUGCACAUCAGAAGCAGUGGACUGGGGCAUGAUACCAACAGUGGCAUUUGAAAGAGGAUUAGAACAGGGUAUCAGACUCAUCCACACUAUUAUAUUCCUGAUCACUAUGCAUGGGUGUGAAAGCUGGACCUUGAAGAAGCUGACUGGAAAUAAAUUGAUGCAUUUGAAACAAAGGAGAGUUUUACAAAACCCUGAACUGUCAGAAAGGACAAGUGGGUCCUAGAUCAAAUCAAGCCAGAACUUUCCCUGGAAGCAAAAAUGAUGAAACUGAAGCUGUUGUACUCUGGGCACAUCACAAGAAGGCAAGUCUCCCUGGAGAAGACGAUUGUGCUAAGGAAAGUAAAAGUUAGAAGAAGAGAAAGACCAAAUAUGGGAUAGAUGGACUCCAUAAAGGAAGCCACAGCUGAGAAUUUACAAGGGCUGAGCAGGGCUGUCAGAGGCAGGACAUUUUGGAGGAUGCUCGUCCUUGGGUCACUGUAAGUUGGAAACAACUUGAUGGCAUGUAACAGCAAAUCAAAAACUCAUGCUAAUAUCAUUCACCCAGCCAGUCAGAGGCCAAAAUGGCCAGGCAAACCUCCUCUGCCUUGCUGCAGCUUCCACAAUUAACUGGUUGCUUUGAUUGGCUGAUAUGCUAAAUACUCUGCCGCUGUGUACUUUUGCUUAGCCGGGUGUCAGAUCUCCCCCCCCCCCCCCCCAGAAGCCUGACAGGGCUGAGCAUAGCUUGAAAACCGCUAGUUCUAAAGCCAUCAUAAUUCCUAACUGGCCACCAGCUGCUUCAAGGCUUGCUUUGCAUGUGCACGCACCCUCUUUCUGGAGCAGUUGCACAGAAAGCAGUAGACCAAACCUACAUCCAACGGCUUACUCUGCCUUGGCACAGGCUUCACAGAGAUCAUCUCUGUCCAGCUCAGCCUUCUUCACCCAAGUAUUGUGUCCACAGUCAGAGGCAACUUCUUUCAUUGGUUUGCGUUUGUCCUGAGAUUCGGUGUUCAUUCACACAGGGGGAGUGUGCAGCUUUGGACGGAGUUUGUCAUUCCAUAAUGCAGACAACUGGGGGUGGCAACGUGAACACAAGUCCACUCAGGGCUGGAUCUUAAAUCUGAAGGGACUUUUAAGUGGGCCAUCUCUUUUCAAGGAACGUUUGGGGGCAGAUCAAGGCUGCCUGGCCAAGCUGCUGGCUACAAAGCCACCCUUUCCCCAGGGCAGCUUUUUAGUGGACCACUCUAUUUUAAUGCUACCACAGAAAGCAAAAGACUGCUCCCUCCUGCCACAAAAGGCAAUCCAGAAGCAGGAUUUGCCUGCUGCUUUCUUCAUGCCAAAGUUUAGACUACAAAUGUGUUUCUCAUGCUCAUCAAAACAAGAUGGGUCUUCAUAUGAAGCUCAGUCAGAAGGGCAGAAAGGCCAUAAUAGGCAUUCAUCUACAAUGGGUAGACAGCUUUGGGAGGCUACUUCUCCCACUCUGGUUCUCCGGUAGCUACAGAACUGCACGUGCCAAUUCAUCAGUGGCAAGGAGGAAAGGCACACGUCGAUAAACAGUAGGAGAGCCAAAUUUAACUUGAUCGGAUGAUGUGACAGGUUUUGCCACCACAAAUUUUAGUGGCAUAGCAGGGGCUGCCUGCGGUUUGUGGAUGGUUGCCCAGACCGGCCUAUCGCAUUCCCAAGCUUUUUAUUCCAGAGUUGUGCUGCUCCCCAUUCAGGCAGAGCAAGCACUUCCUCCUCUGACCAGGAGUGAAGCGCUCACGGAUGUGGUCGUUGCGCUCGUGAUGUCACCGACAAGUGAUGUUAUGCAUGCUUUUCAGCCAGGGUUGGCAGUUCAUGUUCAGCAAUGUUGCACUGUUCAGUUCAGGGGAUCUGGUUGAUGCAUGCUUUCCUGCCCCUGUGGACGGAUGUUGGUUCUGCAGCAGAUCAAAACAGCGACCAACUAAAUGUUGCCACAACAUAGCAAACAUCCAUGGUUACAGUGUUCCUCUGAUGUUUAUGUGCCUGGCAAUCAAAAGUGUGCUGUCCUUUGGCCGUAGAGUUUUCAUGUUGCCACUACUAUCAAACUGGCCAUCAUUUAUUUCUAGUAUUGAAACACUUUUGGCCAGCACAUUCUGUUCCUGCGUUUAGGGCCAGGCUGCGCUGAAUCCUUCUGUCUGGAGGGAGCAUUGCUGUAGUAAGAACUACACAAUCAUUUUUACUGUCCACAUUUUGUAUAUUUAUUUUUAGAGGCAGAACUUUAGAGGAUGCUUUCAUGGUCUUAGGGUCUCGUUUUUGAAAUGUCCAGUAAAAAUGCCAGUACUUUAAAGAGCAACAGCCAUGUUAUUUUUGUGGUCCUCACAUCAUCUUAACUCUGGAGAGGCAUG